ACACAUGAUACUCAAGCCGGUCUCGAACGCAUCCUCCGCGGCCUCCAAGCCCUCACGGCAAUCUUCUCAGCAUAUCCAUCCCUCGUGGCCCUCGCCCUCCUAGACGCAGAACCCCCAUUUCUCGAAGCUCUGGGCCCGCUACGAGGCCACCUCAACCUGACGCGCCGCUUCAUCCGCUUUUUCUGGUUUCUCAACUCCUUUGGCACGUCCUACAACCUCUACACCACCAUCUCCUCAUCGCCAUCACCAUCGCCAUCAGGUGGCCCCAAGAAGAGCCAAGGCGCGGGCCUGGAGACGUGGCUCGACAUUAUCAAAUUCACGCUGCUCGGCCUCUACGGCGGUCUUGAGUCCCUCACCCUCCCGGACCUCCUGGGCGUCCCGCAGAUUGGCUACUUUGGUGCCGAACGCACGCGGGCGCUGAAUGUCGAGGCGCAGCGAUUUUGGUUGCUUGCGUUGGCGGCGGGUGUGUUUGCGAAUUUGACGCGCUUGCUCAAGGCUUUUGCGUAUGCGCCGGUGCCGCAACAUGGCCACGGGUAUGGGACGGGGGAGAAGCCGGGGGAGACAAAGAAUGAUGCCGACGCAGAGGAUGAGAAACUUGACUGGGAGGCUGAGCGUACUCGUCUCCGGGCUAUCGUCAUGAAGAGGCGGGAGAAUAUGAAGCGGUGGAGGAGGGAGGUCGCGAUCAAGGUUAAGAGUCUUGGGCGCAAGAUCUUUUCCGAUUCGUUGGAUUGCCUUAUUCCGGGCGUGAUUCUGGGCUGGGUUAAUGUUCAGCCGGGGACAGUUGGGAUUGCCAUGCUCAUCACUACCGUCUUGAGCAGUAGAGAUAUUUGGGAUAGGUGCGGUGCGACUGUUAGAGAGAGGAGGAGCUCUUGA